CGAUUAGGGUCCACUUACCUUGAGGAAAAUCCUCCACGAGUGCCACCCAAUGGGUAUGUUUCGGUUCGGAAUUUGCUCUAAAAUCUGCGUGUUGAAAGUGGAUUAUUGUAGUGUAGUUUGUUGUGUGCUGGUGGCUUAGUCGGCAUUAAAGUAGCUCAGUUGUGAGGCCUUUGCGAAUCGCUUGAUGUGAAAGUGCCAGAAGAAAGUAUCUCGUCUCCGUCGUAGUCGCCGCUCGGCUGUGGAUGCUCCUCUUCCUCCUUCAUCUUCUUCUCCUCCUCCAGAUUUACUGUCAUUUCGCGAUGCCGGCCGAUCAAAUCCAGUACUCGGAGAAGUAUUUUGAUGAUAACUUUGAAUACAGGCAUGUAAUCCUGCCACCGGAUUUGGCCAAACAUGUGCCCAAGGCGCAUCUGAUGACGGAGACGGAGUGGCGCAAUCUGGGCGUGCAGCAGAGUCCCGGCUGGGUGCACUACAUGGUCCAUGCGCCGGAGCCACAUGUGAUUCUAUUCCGCCGCAAACGCAUUCCGGCAGAGGACGCGCCACAGGUGGCUGCGGCAAAUGCAGCGCAGGCCAUCGCUAAUCUGUGCGGUUAAUCAGGGAACGGGGAAUCCUCCCAAGAAUCCCUCUUCCAAGGACCCAAACCCAACACUCACGCAGUAUUUCAUAAGUUAGCAUCAGGCAGACACUGAUGUAAAAUUAAUACCCUUUAAGAGCAGUUUAGCUGGCAAGUUCAAAGACAAGAAACGAGAACAUGAAGACGACGUUUUUGUUAAUUUCAUUAAGUUUAUUUACCUAAAAUACAAAUCGAUGCGUACGCCCCCAGUGUACGCACUGUACAGACAGUUAAA